AUGUUUUCACAUCUUUCCUUUGAUUGUGUCCUGCUGCUGCUGCUGCUGCUGCUGCUGCUACUUACAAGCUCUCUAGAAGCAGCUUACAUAGUCGAAGAGGGUCAGAAUGCCUACCUGCCCUGCACCUACACUCCAUCCACCCCAGAGAAUCUUGUGCCUGUGUGCUGGGGCAAGGGAACCUGUCCUGCAUUUGAAUGUGGACAUACAGUGCUCCGCACUGAUGAAAGGAAUGUGAAAUAUCAGGCAUCCAGGAGAUACCAGCUAAAGGGGAAUUUUCACGAAGGAGACGUGUCCCUGGUCAUAGAGAACGUGACUCUAGCAGACAGUGGGAACUACUGCUGCCGGGUCCAAUUCCCGGGCCUAAUGAAUGAUAAAAAAUUAAACCUGGAAUUGAUCAUCAAAACAGCCAAGGUCACCCGUGCUCCAACUCCACAGAGAGACUUUACUGCAGCCUUUCCGAGAAUGUUUACUACCGAGAGACGUGGCUCAGAGACACAGACAUUGAAGACCCUCCAUGAUAAAAAUCAAACACAAAUAUCCACAUUUGUUAAUGAGUUACAGGACUCUGGGGCGACCACCAGAAUAGGUGUCUACAUCGGAGUAGCAAUCUCUGCUGGGCUGGCUCUCACUCUUAUCUUUGGUGCUUUAAUUCUCAAAUGGUAUUCUCACAGCAAAGAGAAGUUACAGAAUUCAAGGCUCAUCUCUUUGGCUAACCUCCCUCCAUCAGGGUUAGCAAAUGCAGUAGCAGAGGGGAUGCGCUCAGAGGAAAACAUCUACACCAUUGAGGAGAACAUAUAUGAAAUGGAGGAUCCAAACGAGUAUUACUGCUCUGUCAGCAAUGGACAGCAAUCCUGA